AUUCAGCAGCAGGUCAGGGCGUAGAUACUCUUCAAUGCGAUAUCGUCAUUUUGGGUGUAUUUAAAAUCACCUUUAAUUUCAAUCGAAUUCUUCGUUCUAUUAACUCACAAGGACGACGUUGACUUAGUAUUUUUUUAAAACUUUAAAGCGUCGGGACCUGUGUGUGUUUAGCUGAACGCAACAGGUUGUUGGAGAAACCGAAAGAUCUAAUUGACGAGGCCGAUAUGCUGGUUUCGGUCUACCUUCUCGCCGUGUUGGCGUCAACAGGUGUAGAAGGUGCCUUUACUGUCGGGACCGAUAGCUCAAAUGUGAAGGUUAGAGAGAAUGAAGGGGCUGACCUCACCUGCAAACCCUCAGCCGACUUCGGGUCGACACCCCGGGUGGAAUGGAAGUUUAAUGUCUUGAAUGCCCAACGUUUCGUGGUUUUCGACGGGAAACCCACAGAAUCAUAUGCCAACAGAGUCGAGUUACUCAAUAAUGGUGUGCGCUUCAACAAGGUGACCCGCGGCGACAACGGAGAGUACGAGUGUGAGGUUUCUGGCAACAACAAUUUCGGAAAAGUCAUCGUGAAGUUGACCGUUCUGGUCCCCGUAGAGGCCCCAGUGUGCAACAUCCCGACCUCGGUGACCACCAACGGAAAGGCCGUCCUCCGAUGCUCCGACAAGGUCGGCUCCCCGCCGCCCAACUACAAGUGGUACAAAGGCGAUACCCUCCUUCCGGAGGACCCCAAAAAGUUCCCAAACUUCAAAAACUCCACCUACAGGAUCAACCCCAUCAACGGCAACAUGGAGUUCUCUGCCGUGACCAAAGCUGACUCGGGGGCUUAUUACUGUGAGGCUGUGAACUCAGCGGGCCCAGCGAAGAGAUGCAAGGCUGUGAGGAUGGAAGUCGAGGACGUGAAUACUGGCGGUAUUGUUGCUGCGGUGAUAGUGACUCUUCUGCUGGUCGCCUUGCUAAUAGGUGGUCUUUGGUACGCUAACAAGAAGGGAUACCUACCCACACGGAGCGAAAGCAAGCCUAAACCAUCUGUCAUCUACCAACCCCCAUCCUCACGAGGCGGUGAGGAAGAGGAAGAUGGAGAAUUCCGACAGAAGUCCUCUUUUGUGGUUUAGUCUGGCAUCAGGUCGGUUCUUUGGAACGUUGUCACCAACGAGCAAGGAUCCCCGUUUUUAUUCUCUCACCUCCACAUUAUGGGAAUGGUUGCUUGUAUUCGUCCUGCUCUAAACAUCUGGAAAAAUCGGGCGGGCAAUUCAAACCCCUUAUUCUUUGUGUGUGUGUGUGUGUGUGUGUGUGUGUGUGUGUGUGUGUGUGUGUGUGUGUGUGUGUGUGUGUGUGUGUG